UCUGUGGUCCGAAUAAUUUUAUGGCAGUUUGUGGCUUACUCUGAUUAUUUUUUUGAAUAAUGGAGGCCCUUAUUCCCGUCAUAAAUAAGUUGCAAGAUGUCUUUAAUACAGUGGGAUCUGAUUCCAUUCAUUUGCCUCAAAUCGUCGUUCUUGGAUCACAGAGUUCCGGAAAAAGUUCAGUAAUAGAAAGUUUGGUGGGCAAGUCGUUUUUGCCUCGCGGUACCGGUAUUGUUACAAGGAGACCUUUAAUUUUACAAUUAGUAUAUUGUCCAAAAGAAGACAAAGAACAUAGAAAUGCCAAGGAUGGAACUAUUGAAUUGGAAGAUUGGGGAGUAUUCCUACAUGCCAAAGACAAGAUCUUUCGAGAAUUUCAGGAUAUCAGGCAGGAGAUUGAAGAAGAAACCAAUCGUAUUGCUGGAAGUAACAAAGGAAUUUGUCCCGAACCUAUCAAUCUUAAAAUUUACUCCACGAAAGUUGUAAAUUUGACUUUAGUUGAUUUGCCUGGAAUAACAAAGGUUCCAGUGGGUGACCAACCUGCCGACAUUGAGCAGCAAAUACGGGAACUAGUAACAAAAUACAUAGCAAACCCAAAUUCAAUAAUAUUAGCAGUUGUUACUGCAAACACUGAUAUGGCUACAUCAGAGAGUUUGGCAAUCGCCAAAGAUGUAGAUCCAGAUGGACGGAGAACCUUAGCGGUUGUAACAAAGUUAGAUUUAAUGGAUGCUGGUACUGAUGCAAUUGAUAUUCUUUGUGGCCGAGUAAUACCUGUUAAGUUGGGUAUUAUAGGAGUUGUAAAUAGAUCUCAGCAGGAUAUUAUUAACAAUAAGAGUAUAAAGGAGUCAUUAAAAGAUGAAGCAACAUUUUUACAAACAAAAUAUCCUACCUUAGCUACAAGAAAUGGCACACCCUACUUAGCAAAAACUUUAAAUCGACUUCUCAUGCAUCACAUUAGGGAUUGCUUGCCUGAUCUUAAGACCAGAGUAAAUUUAAUGAUAUCUCAAUUCCAAUCAUUGCUCUAUUCCUAUGGGGAAGAUAUUUCUGAUAAGAGCAAAACUCUUCUGCAAAUAAUAACCAAAUUUGCCUCGGCAUACUGUUCAACAAUUGAGGGCACUGCUAGAAAUAUUGAAACUACUGAAUUGUGUGGUGGUGCUAGAAUAUGUUAUAUAUUUCAUGAAACCUUUGGACGUACUUUGGAUUCAAUACAUCCUCUUGCUGGAUUAACAAAAAUGGAUAUUUUAACAGCCAUAAGGAAUGCCAAUGGGCCACGCCCCGCACUCUUUGUGCCUGAGGUGUCUUUUGAACUACUAGUCAAGAGACAGAUUAGGCGGUUAGAAGAGCCUUCUUUGAGAUGUGUUGAACUAAUCCAUGAAGAAAUGCAACGUAUUAUACAGCACUGCGGCAGCGAGGUUCAGCAGGAGAUGCUCCGGUUUCCAAAGCUCUAUGAAAGUAUAGUUGACGUGGUCACGCACCUGUUGAGGAGAAGGCUGCCCACCACCAAUAAUAUGGUGGAGAACCUCGUCGCCAUAGAAUUAGCUUACAUCAACACCAAACACCCGGAUUUUUAUAAAGAAAUCGCCAUGGUUCCGUCGAUGAUCAAAUCAGAGGGAUCCAGACCUGGGAGACCCAAAAGUAUGUAUGGGAAAAUGGCUGCCCUACACGCUCAGGAACCGCAGGAAUUGGUAACUCAAAAUAUUAAGGCCUCGACCACAAAUCAAGCAGAUUUUUUCGAUUAUCUCUUUCAUAUCUUGCCCGUAUCUACUUAUUAUGACUUCGUGAAUGUCGUUGAGGCCAAAUCGUCCAGUAAUCCCCAACUAAAUAACGACGAUGCAACGUCUUGGGUCUCUAACCUCACUUCAGUUCAAAACGGAACCAAAGAAAACGAUAUCGAUCGUCCGAUACUCGACGCCAGAGGUGAAGCCGAUCUCAGAUCUGUUCUGAGUCCUGACAAGCCGGUUAAUUUAUUACCGCAGGUUCCUAUAAAUAGUAAUAGUUUCCGGAAGUUAUCUGAAAACGAGGAGCAUGACUGUGAAAUCAUAGAACGUUUGAUUAAAUCGUACUUCUAUAUUGUUCGGAAAUCAAUCCAGGAUACUGUUCCAAAGGCGAUAAUGCAUUUUCUAGUCAAUUUCGUUAAGGACAACUUGCAAUCGGAAUUGGUUACUCAUUUAUAUAAAUCAGAUAACGCCGACCAGUUGUUGGAUGAAUCUGAGCAUAUUGCUCAGAGAAGAAAGGAGGCCGCGGACAUGUUAAAGGCGUUGCAGAGAGCGUCACAUAUUAUAAGCGAAAUCCGAGAGACUCAUAUGUGGUAAUCAAGAUUUGCAGUUGAAGUAGUAGGUGUCUUUUUUGGAUUGGAUGCGCCAUCGUCAGACUAGUCAAAAGAAUCCCGACCGUUUCACGAAAUCGUAUCACCUCUUUAUAUGUCACACUAUAUGUAAUUUUUGACACUGUUAUUGUUAUAAUAGACUUAUUGUCCAAUAGUUGGAAAUUAUAAUAUUUGAA